GGAUGACUGAUUCCGCCCGGAACAUCCCGAGGGUUCAUUAGGGGACAUUUAAACGCGUGGAAAUUGGUCGAAUAAUCUGUCUGGAGCCUGAUAAUACUCGCGAAAAACAAAUAUUUCGGCAAAGGCAACCUUUUUUUUUCUGAGGUGGGUUAUUCUCACCGGAGUAAAUUCACCUGAGUCACCUGUUGGAGCGGCGACCAGCCAUCAGUCCAGCAUCUUUAAAAAAUCUGCAUGGAAGCCAUGGUCCCGACAAGUGCCCCGAAAGGAUGUGGUUCCAGCAUCAGCUCCAUAUAUUACAACUUGUGUGACCUGACUGUAGUGUGGGGGGUCGUGGUGGAGGCUGUUGCUGCUGCUGGUGUGGUGACUUCCUUUGUUCUGUUUGUCAUCCUCAUGGCCUGUCUACCAUUUGUGACAGACAAGAAGAGGAAAGGUAUGGUGGCCCUGCAGGCCAGCAUUCUAGUUUUCACUCUGGGACUUUUUGGCCUAACUUUUGCCUUCAUUGUGGGUCGGUAUUCCACCAGCUGUGCUGCACGGAGGUUUCUCUUCGGGGUACUAUUCUCAGGCUGUCUAGCCUGCCUGGUGAUGCAUGGUUUGUGGCUCGCUCUGCUGGAGCGGCGAGGCCGGGGGCCCAGGAGCUGGAUGUUAUGCCUGGGAGCACUGGGUCUCUGGCUCGUCGAAGUAAUCAUCAACACUGAGUGGCUUAUCAUCACUGUGGCCAGGAGCCCACCCAGAAGUAUCAACAUCCCUGACCUGUCCUGCGGCAUUGCUAACCAGGACUUUGUGAUGGCACUGAUCUAUGUGAUGGUUCUGCUGCUUGCUGUGGUGCUGAUGGCUCUGCCCUCACUGACACAUAAGAACAAGAAGUGGCGCCGAGAUGGAGCUUUUAUCCUGUUCACAGGGCUCCUAACCAUGGCUAUCUGGGUAGCUUGGAUUGUCAUGUACAUCCAUGGGAACCAAGUGGUUGGAAACCCCAGUUGGGACGAUCCUACUCUGGCCGUAGCUGUGGUGUCAAAUGCCUGGGUGUUCCUCUUCCUCUACACCAUCCCAGAAAUCUGCUUACUGACCCAGGAGGACCCAGACCAGGAAGAGCCCCAUGAUGGAGAUGUCUAUCCUGCCAGGAGCCUGGUUUACGACAACAUCCUUAAAGAGCCAGAGCCACCCCACCAGAAUGUGUACAUGGAGAAUAAAGCCUUCUCUAUGGAUGAAUCUCCAACAGUGUCUCCAUAUGGUGCUUAUAACGGUCAGCUACGAAGUUGUGUAUACCAGCCAACUGAAAUCGCCCUGAUUGCCAAGGGUCUGACUAAGAUGGACCAAGACACAAAGAUUCCUCGAGCCACACCCCCAUCUUUGAACCCAGGAGGCCGCAGCUCCCUGCCCCACUCAGCCGAGUCUUUGCCACCUUAAGGACACACAGGCAGCAUAAGUCGAGAGGACAUUGCACUGUCAACCAGACACUGGGUUGUUACAGCUCCAGUAUGAAAUUAAUCCCCAAUUGGGUUUUUUUGUAGCCUCUGAGUUCCUAGUAUCAAAUGUAAUGUACAUCCCCAUACCUCUUCCUUAGGAAGACAAUUUACAUAAUAACACACUGUGGUGAAUCUUUAACAAUAUGCAGUAAUAUGAUCUAGCUCCUCUCACACAGACUUCCUCAUUUUGCCUUAUUCUUUAUUUCCGCUGAUGUUCAUGCACGGCAUGUCUCCUCUUUUUCAAAUAGUGCCUAAAGUGGAAAAAUAUAUAUCAUUUUUAGGUGACAGCUGCUCCACUGUACUGCACUGACUACUGUAGACUGAUAUUGGAGAAAUGGUAGACAAGGAGGUAUAAUUAUAUAAUUGAAUUAUUACAUGUUAGUUUUCAUUCACAAACAUUGAAAGUUGUAAUUGCUUUAUCACAGACAUUUUUUUUUUUGUUCAUAAAUCUGCUUCUGCUGACUGCAAUUUGUUAAUCUGUGGGCUGUUGCAUAAUAUGUCAACUUGUGAAAUGUUGUGAUUCAGACUUCCUCUGAAAGCCAUGUGAUAUCGUAAUGCCUUGGAUUCAUAAAAUAUGUAAUUUUAUGUAAACGGUGUAAAUUCUAACUUAUUAAACCUAUGAAAGGUUACUUAAAUCAUGUAUGGCUGUUGG